CGGAGAGUCGACAUGAGGCGAGACACCGGCCGCCCUCGGGGAUAAGAGAUCUGUAUAGUAUUAAUCACUUGCAACCAUGGUGCAGAAAUACCAAUCACCUGUGAGGGUGUACAAGCACCCCUUUGAGCUAAUUAUGGCUGCUUAUGAAAAGCGGUUUCCCACAUGCCCUCUUAUUCCCAUGUUUGUCGGCAGUGAUACUGUGAAUGAAUACAAGAGUGAGGAUAGGGCUGUCCAUGUGAUUGAAAGGCGCUGCAAACUGGAUGUUGAUGCACCACGACUCCUGAAAAAGAUUGCCGGGGUUGAUUAUGUUUACUUUAUUCAAAAGAACUCCUUGAAUAGAAGAGACCGCACUUUACACAUAGAGGCCUACAAUGAAACUUUCUCAAACAGAGUUGUCAUUAAUGAAUGUUGCUGUUACACGGUGCACCCAGACAAUGAAGACUGGACAUGUUUUGAGCAGUCUGCAAGCCUUGAUAUUAAAUCUUUCUUUGGCUUUGAGAGCACAGUAGAAAAAAUUGCCAUGAAACAAUACACUAGCAAUAUUAAAAAGGGCAAAGAAAUAAUAGAGUACUACCUGAAGCAGCUAGAAGAAGAAGGAAUAACGUAUAUUCCUCGUUGGACUCCUCCUGUUAAAUACAACAAUGACCAUGGUAGAUCUUAUGUGAGACGACCACUAUCCUCUCCAGUCAAUGUACCUGAAACUGCCAUUAAAGAGGGACUAAAUCCCAAAGAAAUGAACACUUGCAACAAUGCAUCGGAUCCCACAGUUGGAACACCUGAUGAUAAGCUGGAUGCAGACUACAUCAAGAGAUAUCUGGGUGAUUUGACACCCCUUCAGGAAAGCUGCCUCAUCCGGCUUCGUCAGUGGCUCCAAGAAACACACAAAGGCAAAAUUCCGAAGGAUGAGCACAUCUUGAGGUUCUUGCGUGCUAGAGAUUUCAACAUUGACAAAGCCAGAGAGAUCCUGUGCCAGUCAUUAACGUGGCGCAAACAGCACCAGGUGGACUACAUUUUGGAUACUUGGAACCCUCCUCAAGUCCUGCAAGAUUACUAUACAGGAGGCUGGCAUCACCAUGACAAAGAUGGGCGUCCACUCUAUGUUCUGAGACUGGGCCAGAUGGAUACCAAAGGUCUGGUCCGAGCGCUUGGGGAAGAAGCUUUGCUCCGCUAUGUUCUGUCUAUAAAUGAAGAAGGACUGAGAAGGUGUGAAGAAAAUACAAAAGUGUUUGGAAGACCUAUAAGUGCCUGGACCUGUUUAGUGGACCUAGAGGGCUUGAAUAUGCGGCACUUGUGGAGACCUGGCGUCAAGGCCUUGCUGAGGAUCAUUGAGGUGGUGGAAGCAAAUUAUCCGGAAACCCUGGGGCGUCUUCUCAUUCUGCGAGCUCCCAGGGUAUUUCCUGUCCUUUGGACCCUGGUCAGUCCAUUUAUUGAUGACAACACUCGAAAGAAAUUCCUAAUUUAUGCUGGCAAUGAUUAUCAAGGUCCUGGUGGGCUGCUGGAUUAUAUCGACAAAGAAAUUAUUCCAGAUUUCCUUGGAGGAGAAUGCAUGUGUGAAGUUCCAGAGGGUGGGCUGGUUCCCAAAUCUUUGUAUCGAACAGCAGAAGAACUAGAAAAUGAAGACAUAAAGCUCUGGACGGAAACCAUCUACCAGUCUGCAAGUGUCUUCAAAGGAGCUCCCCAUGAGAUUUUUAUCCAGAUUGUGGAAGCUUCCUCCGUGAUCACUUGGGAUUUUGAUGUUUGCAAAGGUGACAUUGUUUUCAACAUUUAUCACUCCAAAAGAGCACCACAGCCUCCGAAAAAGGACUCUUUAGGGGCCCACAGUAUUACCUCUCCUGGUGGCAAUAAUGUACAGCUGAUAGACAAAGCCUGGCAGCUGGGGCGAGAUUACAGUAUGGUGGAGUCUCCACUUAUCUGUAAGGAAGGAGAGAGCGUGCAGGGGUCCCAUGUGACUCGAUGGCCUGGCUUCUACAUUCUCCAGUGGAAGUUCCACAGUAUGCCUGCCUGUGCCACAACCAGCUUGCCUCGUGUGGAUGAUGUCUUGGCAUCUCUACAGGUCUCGUCCCAUAAAUGCAAAGUGAUGUACUAUACAGAAGUAAUUGGGUCAGAAGAUUUCAGGGGAUCUAUGACCAGCCUUGAAUCAAGUCACAGUGGAUUUUCUCAGCUGAGUGCUGCUACAACCUCUUCCGGCCAGUCUCAAUCCAGCUCCAUGAUUUCCAGGUAGUGCCACUGCCAACCAAAAGCCAGUUGAUGAGAUGGCCGGACCCUCGUCUAUGGCAGUGAACUGCUGUACAGCAUAAUCACCAGUGACAGUUGCAAAAAUACCAAUCCCACGAAAGUGGAAGGCCUUUUUAUAGAUAGUAAAGUAGCUGUGUGCAUCUAAGUAUGCUGGUUUUGUUUUGAAUUAGAGCUGAAACAGUGUGUCUAAUCUUAACUAAGUAGCCAUAGAUUUUCUUUUAAAUAUAUAUAUAAAAGAUGCUUGCACAAAUCCUAACUUGGAACUGCAAGGGCUGUUUUGCAAAGAAAUAAGUAAUCAAUGUGUCACUGGUUGCAAAUUUAUUUUAAAUAAUUAAUACCUUAUCAAGAUGUUCUGUUGUGAAUUGAGAAUUUACCGUAAAGUUUUUUCCCAGUGAGGCCCUCGCAAAAGUUCUCUGUUUUUGCUACUGUGAGCUUCUUCCUGUUUUACUCCCAGCAUUAAGGCCUGGAAGGGAGCAGUGGCUGAAUUUUUGACAUUUCAUGAAGUGCCAGCUGGUGACUGGCUGAACUGUAUCAUUUUCUCUCACUUUGUCAUAGAUGACAAAGGAAGCAGAACUGCUGUCAGACUCAGGCAGCCAUUUUGAUAUGAAUACAUUCUACAAUCACAGCGUUAAGGGCAUAUAUACUCCAGCUUUGGGCACUGAAAGGUUUUAAGCCAGAAUUCUGCUUCUGAGCACUCAAGGUGAGAAGGAAUAAGGGCAGAGCAGACUUUUCCUCAGUUCAGCCCAAAGGCUGGCCCCCUUUUGGGUCCUCAGGUUCAUUCCUUUUGGAAUUGUAUUUAUCCACAUUGCCUGCCAUCUUUUCUCCCUUACUUAACAAAGACUUACUGAACGGUGACCUCCUUCCUGCCGAUAGCUUAUAAGAGGAGCCGGGGGGGGGGGGCUGCAGAAGUUCUUCCUUUUCUGGUCAAUUUCUAAUUCUUUUAUCUGUCCCAUGAAGGCAAAGAGAAACCUCAUAGGUCGGGAGUCCAUGCAGCCUCUAAACAAAAUCAUCUCCGAUGACAAGUGUGAUGGCCACUAACCCUUCCCAAUCCAUUUUUUUUUUAUAUAAAGGAGGCUUUAACUGCGAUGCUCAACAGUAAGCCUCAACAGUCACUUCGUUAAUAUUCUGAAAGGUCUCCGCUUGAAAUUUUGCCAGGAAUUUUGGGAAGCUCAAGGCCAAAAAUGUGCUGUGUCGCUUCAGACUUUCUUAGCUUACGCUGCAAUCCAUUCCUGAAGUGGGCAGUAUUUGCUAAAGUGACUCCUACUUCCUGGGCCCCACUCCUGAGACCAGAGAGACAUUUCAGAUCCUGGGCCCUCCCUUAGAAAAACAGGUUCUCACCUAGUAAAAAAGACUCUGCAUGCAUGGUUUGUGGAACUCAGUGAGUGGGCUUCCCUGUAGAAAAGGAAAUGAUUAAUGUAAACUUCUUAAAGAGAAUUUGCUAAAGAUCUGAUUGUGAAAUGCCUACACUUACUUAAAGGAUAAAAUGCUGAUCAAGGUAGUGUCAUUAGAAUUAGGCAGAAGCGUGGUCACACUACAGGCUAACCGAGAAAACAGAUUUGUUUCCUGUUUACCUGCACAUGCUACAGUUGCUUUCCUAACUGCUGUCUGUGACAGCUGUUUAUCCAGUAAGAUAGCAAGAGAUCAAUCUUCAGUAACAGUUUUAAUUAUCGGUAUGUAGUCGUGAACAUUGGUUCCUGCUUUAGAGGCAUACAGUGUCAUGCCAAGCUCUGUCAUACAUAGGUCAAGGCUCUGGUGCCCUCUUUUUUCCCCAUUUGCAAGGGCUCUGUCUUGAAAGAUGGUCCCCUCUUUUUCUCUCUCUCUCUCUCUCUCAGAUGGCGAUUUUGCUGACAGCUGUAAAGAAACCGCUUCAGUCAACAGUCCACAUCAGCCUAGAGAUGUCUGGCUGUGUAGAACCCCUUUUUUGGCAUUGCAGUCACUUCUGCUGUCUGAAGACCUCUUAAGUUUGCUCUGAAGUGUCCCUUGGGGAUGCUUUUUCUCUAGACGUCUAGUGCGUCUUUCAGAGCUCAAAGCACAAACACUUGAGGGUGUCCAUACAUCACAGAAAGCAAGACACUUUUUAGCGGAGUGCCAUGGCAACUGUGACCCAACUAACCUUAUGUUCUUCUCCUUAGCGUAUGAACUGAACCGUUGUUUGUACUCCGCUCUUUCCUGCCAGAGCUGCUAAUUCUACUGGUCCUUCUUCCUCUGAACUCAAUUUAUCAGCCUAGUCUCUCCUUCUUUGUGUUCAUGAACUUCAUAUCACUCUCUGUAAAUGUUUUGUAAGCAUAUUACCUCAAUCUUGGUAAUAAGAUAACAGUCUUUAAAAGAUUUUUUUUAUUUGUAUCAAUAAUAAAUGUGAACUCUUUGGGGGGGAAUGGCCUGA